GGCUGGGCAGUUGCUGGAAAGAGGCGUGGCGGGGGGGCUGCCGCUGAAGCCGUCAGCUCAGCCUGUCUCGCUCGGGCCUGGCCUCCGACUGCUACAGCAGAGAGCUUCUUAGGGAGUCCCAGUCCCCCCGCCCCCACUACGCCCCUUCAGCGGGGGGAGAGUCGCGGUGGCUGGGCCGUACGGUCAGUGAGCGGAUCUGCAGGCAGCCAGCGGGGCCUGUUCUGACCCGUGUUUCUGAGCAACAGUAAUCUUGCUCAGGUAAUUUGAUUUCCUAAGAAUACACAAGACAUGUGGUUACAGAUGGAUCAUCAGUAGUACUUUAAAAUAUACAGGCUGGUGGUACAGGAUCAAGUCCCUAUGGAGGCUGAAUCUCCUGUUUCCCAUGGAGUCACUGGCAAGGUGAUACAUGCUACUUUCUUAUCAGCCCUGAAGAUGUUGGAUGUUGGAAAAUGGCCAAUUUUUGCUCUCUGCUCUCAAGAAGAACUGAAGUUAAUUCGUCAAGCCUGUGUAUUUGGCAGUGCUGGUAAUGAAGUGUUGUAUGCAACUGAAAAUGAUGAGGUGUUUGUGCUUGGCACCAACUGCAGUGGCUGUUUGGGAACAGGCGACAUUCAGAGCACUAUUGAACCACAGAGAUUAGAUACUUUAUGUGGCAAAAAGAUAGCCUGUCUGAGCUAUGGAAGUGGUCCCCAUGUUGUUGUUACUACUGCAGAAGGAGAAGUGUACACAUGGGGCCAUAAUGCUUAUAGUCAACUGGGCAAUGGUACAACAAAUCAUGGUUUAGUUCCCUGUCAAGUCUCUACUAACUUGGUAAACAAGAAAGUAAUUGAAGUUGCCUGUGGCUCCCACCAUUCCAUGGUGUUAACAUCUGAUGGAGAGGUGUAUGCAUGGGGUUAUAAUAAUUCAGGACAGGUUGGAUCUGGUUCAACAGCUAAUCAGCCAAUUCCUCGAAGAGUUACCAGCUGCCUACAAAAUAAGAUAGCUGUUAAUAUAGCUUGUGGACAGAUGUGCUCAAUGGCUGUUGUAGAAAAUGGGGAGGUCUAUGUCUGGGGUUACAAUGGUAAUGGCCAGCUUGGAUUGGGCAGCAGUGGUAAUCAGCCAACACCCUGUAGAAUAGCUGCUUUGCAAGGCAUUCGUGUGCAGCGGGUUGCCUGUGGCUAUGCACAUACAUUAGUGCUAACAGAUGAAGGUCAGCUGUAUGCAUGGGGAGCCAAUUCGUAUGGUCAGUUAGGCACUGGCAAUAAAAGUAAUCAGUCUUACCCUGCACCAGUUACUGUUGAUAAGGACAGAGUUAUAGAAAUUGCAGCCUGCCAUUCUGCUCACACUUCUGCUGCUAAAACCCAGGGUGGUCAUGUGUAUAUGUGGGGUCAGUGCCGUGGCCAGUCUGUGAUUCUUCCACACCUUACACACUUUGCCUGCACAGAUGAUGUGUUUGCUUGUUUUGCUACUCCUGCUGUGACAUGGCGUCUCCUAUCAGUAGGCAUUAUUUUGAUCUAUAACAACAUGUCAGUUGAACACAUCAGCCCUUCCAAGGGGAUGUACUUGUUACGUCAGACAACAGUGAAGGUGUGUUUUCUCCUGUUCAUUAAGUUGAUGAGGAAACAGAAAAGCAGGCAAAAACCUGAUGACCACCUAACAGUAGCCCAAUCACUGAAGAAGGAAUUUGACAACCCUGACACUGCAGACUUGAAGUUUCUAGUGGAUGGAAAAUAUAUUCAUGUUCAUAAAGUCCUUCUCAAAAUUAGGUGUGAGCAUUUUCGUUCCAUAUUAAAUAACAAUGAUGAUGAUAUUAUAGAAAUGAGUGAAUUCUCUUAUCAAGUUUACCGAGCCUUCCUGGAAUAUCUGUACACAGACAGCAUCAGUCUCCCUCCUGAGGAUGCAAUAGGACUGCUAGAUUUGGCAACAUUCUAUAGAGAAAAUAGAUUGAAAAAGCUUUGCCAGCAAACUAUCAAACAAAGCAUUUGUGAGGAGAAUGCAAUUGCUCUUCUUUCAGCUGCAGUCAAAUAUGAAGCUGAGGACUUAGAAGAAUUUUGCUUCAGGUUUUGUAUAAACCACUUGACUGUGGUUACACAAACGACAGGCUUUGCAGAAAUGGACCAUGACCUCUUGAAGAAUUUCAUUAGCAAAGCAAGCAGAGUAGGAGCAUUUAAAAACUGAAGAAUGCUUGCUGCAAAGGAAGAUACUUUCAUCAUGGGAACACUUCCCCUUUGAAAAACUUAUCAGCACUCAGAAUGCCUGAAAGAAAACAGGACAACAUCCAGUAAAGUCAGUGUCACUGUUGAUGGGCAGAUUUAGUAAGCUUCCAGGUAGCCUAAUGCACAAGCUUUGUGCAGAUGGGUAUGGUAUAGAUAAACAAUAGAUAUAAACAAUCUGCCAACAACUUAGGUUUAAAAAAAAAAUCCUAAUGGAAUAAUUAAGUUUUCCGUUAAAAUCAAGUGGACUGGUCACUGUUUUCCAUUUGUAUUCCUUGUUUUCUUCCUUGAAAUAUUUUCAAAAACAGUUCUUUAACAUCUUCAUCUGAGUUUACUGGAUAGCAUGAAGCUGGCUGUUGCUAAAGCUUCAUUAUGACACCUUUAAGGUCAAUCAAAGUGUGCUACAAGAAGGUUCCUUUCUGGUUAAUUUCUCACACCCUCUAGAGAAGUGUUGAGAUAGACGCUUGUUUUGCUAAAGAUAGGAUAAGGGAGUAUAUCAUACAAAUCCCUCUUAAACGAGCCCCUAAUGUAAAGAAAAAGCCACUGAAUGGAUACUUUGUAAAUUAGGAGCAGCAAAGGCUCAAGAGAAGACUAUGCUGAAUUUAUUUAAGUAUGAAGGACUUAUUUUAAAGGGCUAGUUUUGAGUUCUUGGCUCUUAAAGUCAUUUUCUCAGACGAAAAAGAAUUCCCAGGGACUUUACCUCACCUUUCCAGUGGAACAGUAACUUCUAAUUGGUUUUGUCACAUAAUGAGUUAUUUCACUGUUAGUUUUGCUGCUCAGAAACACACCUCUUCACCUGCCAUGAAAAAGAAACUCAACAAAAAGGAAUUAUCAGUUGACUUUUCUACUGGUAUUUACAGAUAAGACAGGUACUUGACAUGAAUUAUGUGUGGGGGAGGAGGGAUAGGGAAAGUUAUAAAUCAAUUCAAUGAUGAAAUCAUGAAAAUUAAACUCAAAGUCUUUUCAAGUGGUAACCAGGUGCCAUUCAAACACUUGCUAAAGCAAUAGGUGGAGGAGGUUUCAGUAUGCUAAUGCUUGCGUGGAAAGACUUUUGCACUGUGGUACAGGAUGCUGAGAUUAUAAAAUGUUUAUCAGUUUUGGUUUCUGUUAUGAUACAGAAGACUAAUUUGCGUGUAAAUUACUUAAUCUAAUUUCUGUUAAAAGAACAGGUGAACUGGCUUUAAAAACUGAUGAGCCAGUGGUUAGGACACGACCCUAGCCUUGCUCUGUCAUAGACAUCCUAUGUGCCCUUGGGCACGUCUACACAGCAGCUGGGAGAUGUAAUUCCUAGUUCUGGUUCCAUACAGCUGCUAGCUCUGCUCCAGUUAGCACCUAAAAAUUGCAGUGUGACCAUCCUGGUGUUACCCCAAAAACAGACCCACGGUACCACCAGAAUAGCUUAUCUAUUGCCCCCUCCUGGGUUUAGCAGAGGUUCCCUUCCAGGUAGCCUCCUAAUUUAUUACUCUGUUUCUGCAGGGUGAAAGGGGACCUGUCCUAGAGGAAUUACUCAGGUUUACUAACAGUUCCUUUUUAG